UCGGUCAUCGUCCAAAAAUUCUAUACACAUCUCAAGAAAACGCCCGGAACACACAAGCUGGGCGUCCUCUACGUCGUAGACCAAGUAGCACGGGAGUGGUUGAAGAAGGCCAAGGCUCUGGGACAGUUUCCCAUAAAUUCUUCAGCGCAAGAUGGCACAUAUGCUGCGGGCGUGCAUAGAUUGACUGAACUCAUGCCCACUCUGAUGAACGACAGCAUCUCGGCGGCUCCAGAAGAUCAAAAGGACAAGAUCAAGAAACUGCUCGAUAUUUGGGAGAAGGGCGAGACGUUUCCCGCUGCCAUGGUUAGUUCCUGGCGGGAGAAGCUCAAUGCUCCCCAGCCGACACGUAGGUCAUCCAAGAUGUCACCGCUUCUUUGUGUAGAUGCACCUCUGACAAGACCCCUGCCAACAGUCCAAUCAACAACACCUCCCGGAAGCCCUCCCCCCAACCUGAUGGCUUCGCUUGGUAUUGGAAGCAAGCCGCCUGCACCGCCAGCAACGCAAAGCAACCCUCUAAACAUUCUUGAGACCCUUGCCAACCUGGCUCGCCAAAAUGCGCCCAGUACACAGAGUAAUCACUCGGCCGGGCCAGUCCCGGCUCCGGCCCCUCCCGCGGCCCCAGUCCAAGCUCCAGUUCAAGCCCCGGCCCCGAUUGCGGCUCCGGCCCCUGCUCCGCUGCCUGCAGCCUUGUACGGCAUCCUUGGUAGCCAGCCUGGCAAUAGCGCCAUGCAGCCUGCUGCUCCGCCUGUCAACAUGUCCACAUUGCCACAUGCCUUUCCACCACCCAUGGCAGCUCCUCAGCCUGCCCAUUUCCCACCACCCGCAGCACCUCCAGUGCUCAAUGGUGCGGCCAAUCCAGCUGCCAAUCCGGCGGCCGUCCAGCUAUUGAGCGCUUUGCUGGCCCAAGGUGUACCUGUCGAACAAAUCGCCAGCGUAAUGCAGCUCAUGACCCAAAACACUGCGGCUACCGCAUCUCCAGCCGUCCCACAAACCGGCUUCCCGCAGCCACCUCAAGCCGCUUACCCCGGCUACCCAGCUCCUCCCGUCAGUGCCGGCCCUGGUCCAGCCCCCUGGGAAGCGCCCAGACAUGCAGCCGACUCCCGUGAUCGCAACGGCUAUCACUCACCGGAGCGUGUUCCCCGUGGUAGAUCCCGUUCCCGCUCGCCGGGACGCUGGGACGCCAGAGACUCACCCCGAUCCCGCCGCAACGACCGCGGAGGAUUCGACUACAACCGUCCAGCCUCGCCAAACCGGGGUUACAAUGAUGACAGGGGAUAUCGCCAGCGCUCGCCCCAGGGCAGGAGAGGUAGCCCACCAGAUAACUUUUCCCGCCAACAACAGCAACAACAACAACAAGGACCGCCACAGCCCAACGGAGAAAAAUGGGUCGAUCACGACCCUACCGUUCCCCCUGGCCACUUCAAGGUCUUGUCGCGAACCCUUUUCGUUGGCGGGGUCAUGGUUUCCGAGCCCGAAUUACGGGAAAUCUUCUCUCGCUUCGGCGAGGUCCAAAGUGCCAUUGUUCACAAGGAGAAGAGACACGCCUUUGUGAAAAUGUAUUACAGGAAAGAUGCCGAAAAGGCCAAGGCGGCCAUGUCGGAGGGCGGGGCGAGGGGGAACGAGCUCCGGACGAAGUGGGGAGUGGGCUUUGGGCCCCGGGAUUGCAGUGAUUACGGCACUGGAAUUUCUGUUAUUCCUAUUCAAAAGCUCACGGAAGCGGAUAGGAAGUGGGUGUUGACUGCGCCGUACGGCGGUAGUGGCGGGAGGCCAAUUGUGACGGGGAUGGUGGUGGAGGAGCCGGAUAUUGAGAUUGGUGCGGGGGUGUCGAGUAAGGCGAUCUCUAGGAGGAUGCAAACUGAUAAAGGCGGGAGUCACGGGCCUAAGUCAAGUAGGCGGGAGGAGGACCAUCACCAUGAUGGGGGGUAUCAGGGUGGUGGUGGUGGUGGUGGUGGUGGUGGUGGCGGUGGUGGGAGAGGGGGAUGGGGAGGAGGGAAGAAGGAUAGGGGUGGAAGGGGAGGGGGUUUUGAUGGGAAGAGGGGAAGUCAUGGCGGGAAUGGAAACCAACAGAAUGGCGAUGAUCCAAUUGUUAUGGAAUUGCCGCCGGGAAUCCAAAUGAGUAGGAAUGGGCCGGUCUUUCAGGGGUUUAAUGGUGGUUAUUAG